AUAAAAGAAAAAAAAAAACAGAAAAAAAAGAAACUGUAGACAGAGACAGGUAAAACCCCACCCUACAACACACCCCUCCUUCAGAACCCAAACCAAAAAAAGUUAAUAAAUAAAAUCAUCAAAUUUCUUCUACUCUCCACCAAACUCUUCUUUCUUCAUUGGAUUUUUUUUUUUCUCGGAUUCAGCACUUAGGGUUUUCGUAAUCUCUGUUUGGCUUGCUUUUCCUGGUGGCUUUGCAAUGGAUGAUGCGGGGCAUCGUGAAAACGGGAGGCACAAGGGUGAUCAGUUUAAACCAACUCAGGGUCAGUGGAUGAUGCAACAUCAGCCAACAAUGAAACAGAUAAUGGCCAUAAUGGCUGAAAGAGAUGCAGCUAUUCAGGAAAGAAACCUGGCCCUUUCUGAGAAAAAGGCUGCCCUUGCUGAGAGAGACAUGGCAUUCCUCCAGCGUGAUGCAGCCAUCGCAGAACGAAACAAUGCCAUGCUGGAACGAGAUAAUGCCAUUGCAACCCUCCAGUAUAGGGAGAACUCCAUGAGUAAUGGUAAUAUGUCUUCAUGUCCGCCAGGUUGCCAAAUUUCACGUGGGGUGAAGCAUUUGCACCACCCACAGCCGCAUGUACAGCAGAUGCAACACAUAAAUGAAGCUUCAUACGGUAACAGGGAAAUGAACACAAAUGAUUCCCUCCCAAUGUCAGCAGAUACUUCGGAUGCUGUAAAGUCACGAAGGGGGAAGAGAAUCAAGGAGCCCAAGGCAAUAUCACCCAGUAAGAGGGCUCCUAAACCUCCAAGAAAAAUUAAGAAAGAGAAUGAGGAGUUAAAUAAGAUGACUUUUCUCAAGUCACAGGAGUGGAAGAGCGAGCAGAGUAUGAUUGGAGAAGGUGAUGAUGAUAACAAACAGCUGGUUGUGUCUAAGUCCGAUUGGAAAGGUCAGGACUUGGGGUUGAACCAGGUUAUAUAUGACGAGUCAACCAUGCCAGCGCCUGUAUGCUCCUGCACUGGAGUUCUAAGGCAAUGCUACAAGUGGGGGAACGGGGGUUGGCAGUCCUCAUGUUGCACGACCACCAUGUCAAUGUAUCCACUACCAUCUGUGCCCAACAAAAGGCAUGCUCGAGUUGGUGGCCGGAAAAUGAGUGGGAGUGCUUUCAACAAGCUGCUUAGCCGUCUUGCUGCAGAGGGUCACGAUCUUUCAAACCCUGUUGAUCUCAAGGAUAAUUGGGCCAAGCAUGGAACAAACCGUUACAUCACAAUCAAAUAAGAUUUGAGUAAAAUAAUAUGAAUUGGAGGAACAUAUGGGUAGAAAAUGGCACGUAGUAAUCAAAUAGGCAUUUUUGACAGGAGCCACACUAAAAGCUGGAUUUGGGUAAAUUUGGUCCGCUCUCCUUGAAAAAAAUCUACUCUCUAUCUCUAUCUCUCUCUUACUCCACCUCUCUCCUUUUUUCUCUACCAAUUCGAUCAGAAAGAAAUGACAAGAUUUCGUUUUCUUCCAAUUAGAAAAUGAGUCAAAUAUGUCAUGGAACAAGAUUGUGUAGAGCUAUGGUUACUUAACAUGAAACUAUUAUGGAACAGAAUUGUGUAAAGCUGUGUAUUUCCCCUGCCUCGUAAAAUGUAGAGAAGCGUUCAGAUCUUCAUGAUGAUUUUAGAUAUUAGCUAAUGCUGUGUAAUUGUUACUCAGUCCUCUAAUGUGAUUAAAUGAAACAUCUCGUGAAGGCCCUCU